AUGUCCCUCGCCGCCAACACUCUCCAUCACAACUGCGGGCCAUGCAACGCGGAGGGCUUUUCUGACGAGUGGCUGCAGCUUGAGAAGCAGCUCGGCUUUUGCCCAGCCGUCAACUUCGAGGACACCGUCGAGCAGCAUCGACAUGUACUGGAGGACAGAUGUGCCACGUGGGACGAGAUGUCCCUCACGCCUGAUCUGCCAGACAAUAUCACAACCAGAGACACCACCGUCCCCAGCAAAAAUGGCCAACCCGUGCCCGUCCGCAUCUACAAGCCAAACUGUGGGCCGUCGUCACCGUCGUCGCCAGCGUCUUCUCGUCCGUCUGGCCGCCCCUGCGCCGUCUACAUCCACGGCGAUGGAUGGACCCUGGGAAGCAUCCAGACCGACGACCUCUUUGCACGCAUGAUUGUUCGCGAUGCCGGCCACGUCGUCGUCAGCAUUGACUACCACCGCGUACCCGAGCUCAUUCACCCGACGGCCAGUUACGACUGCCUGGCCGUCUUCCAGGGGACCGUGGCGCAUGUGGGUGGACCCCGCGAAAAUCUACGUGACUGGAAACGCAAGUUGGCAAGCCGGCGAUCGGGCAACGUUGGCUGA